UUGCCAUCUUCCUGCCGAGCUCCCUGCGCGUGCUGCCGCAAGACCCUCUGCCCGGCCACCGUCGAGCUCCCUGGCUCGCCUGGCCGCGCCCCUGCUUCCCCUCCCUAGCCGUGCGUCUUCCCUGCUCGCCGAGCUUGGUUUGCGCCCAACUUCCAGCGCCGCAGUCGUCCUCUCUGCUCUCCACGCGCGGAGCUCUCCCCCCAGCUCCUCCCUGCCGCGUUCCUGCUCGGCGCCCAUCUCCAUGUGCUCUGUGCGCGCGCGCCCAUAUCCCCUGCUCCUCCGGCGUCGCGGCUUCCCAGCUUCUGCCAGCCGGCCGAGCUCUCUCGCCAAGACCCCAUCCGAAGCUCCCUGGCUUGACUCUGCCCAGUUCGUGCCCUGCUCGCCUCUGCGUCGCGCGCUCUCCCUGCUAUCUCCCAUGGCGCUCUCUCCCCGCUCGGCCUCCGGCUCCGGCACUGUGCCGAGCUCCCUGGCCAUCGCGCCCAUGUCGGCCAGAGCUUGCUCGGCCGCGGUCUCGUCCCGGCUCCCUGCUGCGCUUGUCCUGGCAGCCGCGCCCAGCCGAAGCCCCUUUCCUGCGAGCUCCUCCCUGCUAGCCGCAAGCUACCGAGCUCCUAUCUCCCGUGCGCGCGCCCCUGGCCGCAUCGCUGGCCCUCGGACCCGGCCAUCGUUUGCCGCUUAACCACUGGCGAAUUAAUUUUUAGCUCCUCUCGCGCAGCUCUCUAGAGCUAAGCUCCUCACCGGCUGUCGCUCCCAAUCUUCAGCUCACCGACUGACCGUCGUGUUCCUUGUUUUGCCUCGUCGGCCGACCUCGCCGCGACUAAGUUCGUCCAUCGUGCUAUGUGCCUCGGUCUCUGGUCGAGGGACAUCGGUGCCCUCUGCCCCUUGCUCACCUCCCUGGUCAUGCUCGCCGGGACAUUAUUCUCUAGCCAACUGUCGCUGUGAGCUCUCCUAGACAUCUCACCUCCCCGUCGCAUCAUGCGCUAUUCCCCAGCAACGUGUGUACGCCAAGUCCGUGUAGCCCGUUGCCACACCUUGUAGCUGCUUCCACGACGUUAUCGUGGGGACUUCUUUACGUCACGAGUGCUUCUGCUCAUCGCGUUAAACCAAUCUGUUUCCAUUAUGUCGUCAUCAAACCGUGAAGAUGCUCUUGUGCUGGCCACGCACCACCAGCUCGACAAAAUGCAUCCCCUGAGUAUCUAGUAAAAAACGAGAUUAUGUGCAUCGCUCGUCAGGUGUGUGCGGUCAAAGACGUCAAGCGAAAACCAUUGUCGUUCUUCCGACUAUCGUGUCAGAUCGGUCAUGGUAAGAUGAUCUAUUAUUCCUGCUAGCUAAAUUGUUGAAUGUGGUGAUUUUCUUGAUUUAGCAUAUGUGUGUUGAAAUCAAGAUUUUAGAUGUGAUUCAUAUGAAAGGUAAGGGUAGACACAUCUAAAUUAUGUGACCAAAUUAAUAAUAAAAAAUUAUAGGACUAGUGUUUCUAAGGUCUGGCAGAUAGAUGUUGAUUAAAUUGCUUUGGAUUUAUUUCGUCGAUGCUUGAAGUAGAUCUUAAGUAAAAUCCGAGAAUUUCAUAAUGGCCAGUGUACAUAAGUACUCUCGAUAUUUAAGUUGUUGAGAAUGUAGUUUUAUCAAACGCUAUAUUAUUUGAUAAUGUUUUAUCCGUUAGAGCGAAUAGUGUAAUGUCCUAUUUAAUUAGUAUGUAAUUCAAAUUAAUCUAAAAACCUGAUUUAAAAGGUUAGUUAAAUUAUUCCUGCAUGUACUAUAACUCAGGGUGUCCAAUAAUAGGAGUUUGAAUAUUGUUAGUCUUUCGGUGUUAUGCGCUAUCUAAGGAAAAUAUAGGACUCGUACAAGGUUUAGGGUUUCUUGAUGUAUGAGCUACCUCCGACUAGACUGGAAUAGCGUAAUUAUUAUAAUUAGUCCUAUACCGUUAGCUAGUAUUUGCUUAAUGCUUUAUUAUAAGUCUUUCAUCCUCUUUGGUGUAGAUUAUUUGUCUUAUGCUAUUCCUAUGUACAUUCAUACAUGUGCAUCAUGCAUCUCAUUAGGUACGGUAGUUGAUCACGUGAUGCGGAAGACAAGAACUGAGUCGACCCCAAGAUGACGUAACUAGUGGACUACUCCGCAUAGUGAAGCUGAUGGACGAACCUGAAGAUGGAUAAUCUGAACGAGUGCCAACACAAAAAACUAGUCGCCAAGUGAUCGACGUCUAACAAACACAAACCUAGUGUUAUCCAGGCAAGCCCCGGUGCAUUUGCCACCUCCUUGCUGUUUUAAAAUCUUUUAUCACUUUGUUUGAUGCAUUAGGUGAUAUGAGUUGUGUGCUAAACAAUUGAUGCAUUUCCUUCCAUAGAAAAUUGAUUACCCUUCCUUGAUACCCUUUUAUGAAAAGGAUUUUUAUGAUGCUU